AUGUCUCGAAGGAAGAUCUCCUCCGAGUCCUUCAGCUCCCUGGGCUCCGACUACUUGGAGACCAGCCCGGAGGAGGAAGGCGAAUGUCCCCUGUCCCGGCUCUGCUGGAACGGCAGCCGGAGCCCUCCCGGGCCACCCGAGCCCAGAGCCGCCGCCGCUGCUGCCCCGGCUCCCGCCGUUUCUGCCGCCGCCGCCGCCGCGGCCGGAGCCAAGAGGGCGCAGCGCCGCCGCCGGGUCAACCUGGACUCGCUGGGCGAGAGCAUCAGCCGCCUGACGGCGCCCUCGCCUCAGACAAUACAGCAGACUCUUAAGAGGACACUACAGUAUUAUGAGCAUCAAGUUAUUGGUUAUAGGGAUGCAGAAAAGAAUUUCCACAAUAUCUCUAACAGAUGCUCCUAUGCAGACCACUCCAAGAAAGAGGAAAUUGAAGAUGUCUCAGGAAUUCUUCAGUGUACUGCUAAUAUACUCGGUUUGAAGUUUGAGGAAAUUCAAGAAAGAUUUGGUGAGGAGUUCUUUAAGAUAUGCUUUGAUGAAAAUGAGCGAGUCCUUCGAGCUGUGGGUGGCACAUUGCAGGACUUCUUCAAUGGCUUUGAUGCUUUGUUGGAACACAUUAGAACUUCUUUUGGAACACAGGCCUCUCUGGAGUCACCAUCGUUCCUGUGCAAAGAGAUCUCUGAAGGUAAUCUCAUGCUCCACUACUUCCACCCUCACCAUACUGUGGGGUUUGCAAUGCUGGGAAUGAUUAAGGCUGCAGGAAAGAGGAUCUAUCACCAGGACGUGGAAGUGGAACAAGUUGAAAAUGAGAAGCUAUGCUCUGAUGGCUCAAACCCAGGCAAUUGUAGCUGUCUUACUUUCCUUAUCAAAGAAUGUGAAAAUACUAAUGCCACAAAGAACCUUCCACAGGGAACCUCCCAGGUCCCCACAGACCUCAGAAUCAGCAUCAAUACUUUCUGCAGAGCUUUUCCUUUCCACUUGAUGUUUGACCCUAACAUGUCAGUCCUUCAGCUGGGAGAAGGCCUAAGGAAGCAACUCAGAUGUGACACCCACAAAGUGCUCAAGUUUGAAGACUGCUUUGAGAUUGUUUCCCCAAAGGUCGAUGCCACCUUCCAGAGGGUCCUGCUGCGGCUGUCCACUCCAUUUGUCAUAAGGACAAAGCCUGAAGCUUCUGGCACUGAAAAUAAAGACAAGGUGAUGGAAGUCAAAGGACAAAUGAUUCAUGUCCCUGAAUCAAACUCCAUUUUAUUUUUGGGUUCUCCAUGUGUUGACAAAUUGGAUGAACUCAUGGGGCGAGGGCUGCAUCUCUCCGAUAUCCCUAUUCAUGAUGCUACUCGAGAUGUCAUUUUGGUUGGCGAACAAGCAAAGGCCCAAGAUGGCUUGAAGAAGAGGAUGGAUAAAUUAAAGGCAACGUUAGAAAGAACCCACCAGGCCCUGGAAGAAGAGAAGAAGAAGACAGUGGAUCUUCUGUAUUCUAUUUUUCCUGGUGAUGUAGCGCAGCAGCUAUGGCAGGGACAGCAAGUACAGGCCAGGAAGUUUGAUGAUGUCACCAUGCUCUUCUCGGACAUUGUGGGCUUCACAGCCAUCUGUGCCCAGUGUACUCCCAUGCAAGUUAUCAGCAUGCUCAAUGAGCUCUACACCAGAUUUGACCACCAGUGUGGAUUUUUGGACAUUUAUAAGGUGGAGACAAUAGGUGAUGCAUACUGUGUUGCAGCAGGGCUCCAUAGGAAGAGCCUCUGCCAUGCCAAGCCCAUUGCUCUGAUGGCCCUGAAGAUGAUGGAGCUUUCAGAAGAGGUACUGACUCCUGAUGGAAGGCCCAUUCAGAUGAGGAUAGGUAUUCACUCAGGCUCCGUGCUGGCUGGUGUUGUUGGGGUGAGAAUGCCACGAUAUUGCCUUUUUGGAAAUAAUGUCACUCUGGCAAGCAAAUUUGAAUCUGGAAGUCACCCUCGUCGCAUCAAUGUCAGCCCCACCACUUACCAAUUACUAAAACGAGAAGAAGGUUUCACAUUUAUUCCUCGGUCCCGUGAAGAGCUUCCAGACAACUUUCCAAAGGAAAUCCCUGGUGUCUGCUACUUCCUGGAACUAAGGACUGGUCCAAAGCAGCCGAAGCCUUCUCUGUCUUCAUCAAGAAUAAAAAAGGUUUCCUACAACAUUGGCACCAUGUUCCUUCGGGAGACCAGCCUCUGAGACCUGCUAUAGAUCAAAGACUCCUCCAAAAAGCACAAGCCCAGAACAUGGGUCUCGACAGGAGUGUAGGAAAAGAUGCUUCUCUUCCAAUUUGUUGUUGAGAACAAGCAGUGGAAUCUGUGGUAAUGUCAGGCAAUAAUCCUUAGAAAGGGUAUACACUAUGAACUUGAGGACACAGAAGCAAAUGUUGAAAUGGCAGCCUUACUUCUGAAAACUUUGAUCUUCAUGUUAUGGAAAGACACCAAUGUAAUAUGCAGUCUCACUUCGUACUUUUCACAUUGUACACCCGUGUAAGUGACUUCUUAGCAAUACUUUAUAAAACCCUUUCAAGCAAUAAUUCAAGCCAUGGUUGAUGAUGCCAUAUAUAACUUGCACUUUCGUGCACUUCAUUAAACAUUUGGGGAAAUAUAGGCAUGUUUUAUAAAAGCAAUAAUAUAGGUGGAAUGGACUUUUUAAAGAUACUCCCUAUUUUGUAUCAAAAAUGAGCAGUAAAUGAUGAAAAUAUUUGAGCAAAUAGCAUACCCAAUCCAUACCCAACCUUAUUCAUUUGUAGACAUGCAAGUAUUAUGUUUCCACCAGACUAGCAUAUGAUUUUAAAAUAUCUUAUGAUUUCUAUUUCCCUCAAAGAGAUUCAUGUUUCUAAGAUUGCCCAAACUUUGUAUUCUUGUGGUAUAUAUCAGUUAUGAACAAAUUAAGGAUGAAUGAAUUGGGAGCUGUAGUCUGGAAGAGAUGACAGAGAGAGACUAGCAGGAAUAUUCGUGGGUCUUGGGACAAAUUAAUUCAAAUGCUGGUUUGGUAAGAUCUUAAAAGAUUGAAGAAAAAAGAGAUGUGUGACUAUUCCCAGUAAGAGUUCCCAAAUGUUUAGUAAAUGUAGUAAUAUUUUGAUUUUAGAAUAUGAUUCAAUGGAAGUUAUCAUAGUUUAAUUAUCAAUUUCCAAAAAAUGCAUGGUAAUAUUGAAGUGACACUAAGUCUUACAAAUUUCCAACUGAAGAAUUCAUGUAUUAAUUUCCUGAAACUGUAAUCUUAACCAAACAGUCAAUUAAUAGUUAUACUUACUUGCACAUCGUUUAUAUUAGUGUGUUAGGGUUACAGGUAAAGACAGCUAACCAACCUACAUUAUAAGAAACAAUGUCUAAACAUCAAGUUAUUAUUAAUCAUAUGAGCCUGAACCCUCAGCAUCUAAAUACAUGCUGCUCUUAUUAGUGUCUCUCCUCUAAUGUAUCUGAUCAUUGUUAUAAUGGUGAGUUUGUUUGCUUAUCUUACCUUUACUUUUCCAUUAGCCAUACAAAAAUUCAACAUGCUCCUGUAACCAUUUGAUAAACAACACUAUCACAAUCAGACACAAUUGCUAAAUCACCACAUUUAUCUUUUCUUACUUAUUGCAUGCUUGAAUCCUUAAUAUAUCAGUUUAUUUAAGUGUGACUAAAUAAUGGAAGCACUUAAUUUAAACCUAUGAUAUUAACUGAAUUUAUUAUUCAUUGUGGUUAAUGCAGCUAGUUUCCAAUAAGAUCAUUUUUAAUAAUAGACCAAAGCAGUAUUGUUUAUUAUUUGAUAGCACGAGAGGUUGGAGGGAGAGAGAGGAUGAAUGACAAGCUUGUUUAUGUUUUGGAUUCUCUGUCUCUCUAUCUCUCUCACUUGCAAACCAGUCAUUUAUUACCAGUCUUCCUUGGUGGCCUUUUUACUAUUCGGAGAUAAAGAAGUGAUUCCUUUAAACACAUGCUACUAUGGUUUAUAAAAUGUUAUUAAGUCAGUAUAGGACAAAGAAGUAGUAACUGGAAUAAAAACAGAAAUGUGCAAAAUUUCUCUUUCCUAUCCCCUCACUUUCUCACAACAGUCCCUUGCAUCCUGCUGCCUGUCAAUUAUCCAAUAUGGGACAAGAGGCCUGAUGUACAGGGUAGAUUGAGAGGGGAUGUUAGAAGAUAUUGAGCAAAGAGAUUUGAUUCUCCCUCCCACCAAAGGUAUAGAUACUCUUGAAGUAAAAGCAGCUUUCACUGUAGACACUUCUGAUAUAGUGAAAACCAAAUAAUUUAUUUGACUAGCUUGUACUCUUGUUUUAAAAAAGAAAAGAGAAAAACACAAAAUGAAAAAAAGGUAAAAACAAAAUUCCCCACCAGCCAUGUUCAGACACAUAAGGAAGAAGCACCAGCUUUAUAGCAGCUAUACCUCUCCAGGAGACACUCACAGAGCUAUAAAUAACUGCUCUCUGAAGGUGACAGAUAGAACUAAUCUGGGUUACAAUGAUAAAGGUAAAUUAAAGUGUCAGUACAUCUGGAUUCCAGGAACAAAGAAGGCCAAAUACCAGCUCUGCCAUAUAUUAAUAAAAGCCAGCUAAAAGUAGCACAAAAGAAAAUAUUCAGUGGGCAAAUGAUAUUAAAACAAAAUAUUUUCCUUUUUACAAAUGCUUGGCAGAGCUAACAUUCAGUGAAGACUAUUUGGUAUUAUGUAUUAUUUUUUCCUGAUGUUAUAGACAUUGCAUCAUUUGCUUACUGGAACGUUUAAUCACAAAGACUAGGAAAUAUUUUAUAGCCUACAGCCUCUAAUGUCAUUUCUGAACCUAUAUCAUAUUCCAUAUUCUUAUUUGGACUCUUCUCAAAUUGAGCUUUGUUUUCUAACAAAGCAAGUUCUUAACUUCAGAAAAGAAAAUGCCUAGUUCCAUUUCUCUUCUGCAGUGUUUCAGGUUGCCAGAGCUGUCAGGAGGACCCUUGUAGCAUUUGAUGAUGUUCUGUGAGAAAGAUGAAGUCUCUGUCUUUCAAUAUUAAAAGUAGUCAGAUAAUCACUCAACAGUGGGAAGUUUUUUUCAAUUUGUAUUUAACCAGUUAAUUUAUGUGUAAUUUAUUUAGAACACAAGAUGUAAGAUGAGUAAACAAUGUCUCAUCCAAAUUUUAACCAGAAUUAUCAGUUUUUGAAAUAAUUCAAGAUAAAGAUUUAUUGUGCUCAAUUUACUACUAUCUAAAACCCAGUCUUAGAUUUAAAAUGAAAUUAAUAAAUGCAUCAAUUCUCAAGUUUUAGGUGAUACCACCUAAUUGUUAUACUCUAUUCUAACUAUUCCAUUUCAAUAAGUUUUUGCCUUCAUGUUUUCCAUUUGUUACAAAACAGAACAUGUAGAAAAUGUCAUAAAUAAGAUCAACUUACAAAUUGUAGCAUUGAACCACCUUCCUAAAAUGUGACAAUACUGUUGGUCUUAAAACAUUUAACCAUUUUAAAUAAUAUAAAGAUUAAUGAUAGCAGUAUAAUAGUAGUAUAUAUAGCUUGUUCACAGUAGGAUAUAGCUAAAGGUACCACAUACAUCUCAAACUAAACUCAAAGCCAAUGCCAACUAUGAACAAAUCAUUUAAAUAACAAGUAUAGGUAUUUCUACAUCACUUCUGACUGACCAUGAAGCAGGAAUUCUUAGAGCAGUUCUACUUUUACUGCUUUCCAGGAAGCCUUCUGAUGUACUCAUUGUUACUACCAAAGCUAACGGAGGUGUCAUUCUUCUGACACUGGAUCAGUACAUUUGGAAAUAAUCCCCUAAAAUUUCCUCUUUUUUUUGCUGAGCAUUUUAAGUUAAAAAGUAUCUAAAAAGUGAAGCAACAUAUUGAGGUAGCCAACUGCUUUAUCAAUAACAUGAAAGCUUCUCUCAGAAAUGUAUUUGUAUAAAUGACCACAUUGAAAUCAAAGUCUAACCUUAGGUUAUACUGAAUGCACAGAUAAAAAGGUUUUUUAGUCUUUGACUAGAAAGUAUUUUCAGAGGCAACAAACUAUCUCUGUUGGUUCAUCUACCUCUAGCCAAAGAAGGUCUAGAUAAACUGUAGGAUUGUGUCAUUAGCUAAAAUAAUUCAAGGAAAAUUUUAGGAAAAAAUCCGUAAUGUUUACUGUUGUAUAAUGAUAAUUAUCAGUGGAUAGCAACCAAAAUGACUAGUCCUUUCUUUUUAAUUUGUUUCAAGAGUGUCACCAGGCACUUGUAAAAUCUGGCCUUUCCAUUUGUUAUGUAACUUGGUUUCCUGGAAUAAUGGUAGUUCAUUGCUUUCUCUGUUGCUACUUAAAACACUUCUUUAUUCUAUGCUAAAAAUUAUUCUACCAAAAUACAAAUGAUUAUCUGACUAUAAAAGGUUAUGAAUUUUAUGAGCAUAUAUGAAAAUAUUUAGUUUUAUUCAGCCUGAGGGCAAUAAAAAGAAAUCAAGAUGUAAGGAAAAUCAAAAGACAAAGGGCAAUCUUUGCUUACAUUAAAAUUAUGUCUGCAUUCCACCAUUGUUAACCUAGGAGAAAGCUGAAAAUAUUGCUGUGGAUAAUUCAUUACAGUCUAUUUUCAAGCACAGUAGUCAUACUCACUAAAACAUGGUGAAAUUUUAAUAAGACUCAGCCUGUUAAAAGUUUGGUAAAGCAAGCAAUGGACAUAACAAACAUGUUUAAAUCAGAAUGAAUGCUCAAAAGUACUAAGAGAACACCUCACAUUGUGUAUGUACACCAGAACAGCAUUUGUUUUAUGUUUAGAAAAUUUGGUACUAAGUUUCAACAAUAUUUGCUUCAUAAUCUACUGAAACAUUAAUAUAGCCUUCAUGCUAAUGAGAAGCUAGGUAGAAAUCAAAAUAUUAACCAUGGCUAUAAUUUGGAUGUGCGUAGAGCUUGUAUCACUUCCAAAUGAGACUCAGCAGAAGUCACAAGAAGUGGUCAUUUAUGUGGAUAUCAAGUGCAGUAAGCUGAUUUGUCUUUUGCAGCUUGCUAACAUUGUUAGCUCCUCUUUAUGUCAUUCACCCCUUCCUUUGUCCCUUCUUCCAUUCUUCCUUCUUUCCUCCCUCCCUCCCAUUCUCUUUUCUAUCUCUACUUCUUGCUAGUGUUUUUAAGAUACAUGGAAAUACUAUUUCACUCUUUGAGCCUCUCUUUUUCCAUUUUCACAUUAUGGAACAUAUUGUGGACUUGUGAGCUAAGGUGAAGGCAAGCAUGUAAAAAGGUCAUCUGGGGAUAGAGGUGAACUCAGAGAACUUCAUGGCUAGAGGCUUUGACAAUUACAAGAAAGAGGAGUCUAUAAAAACAUAUUUUGUUCUUCAAAUUUAAACAUUUUCUCAAUAAAUACUAGGGUCAUUCUUUUUGGACAAUCUCCUAUGUAUCGCCCCUAAAAAUUCUUCACAUAGAAAAACUUUUAUUGUCAAGUAAGUCAGUGUUGUUUUUCUUUAACUUGGAACCCACACUGCUAAAGUUUAAAAUAGAAAAGCAGCUUUUUUGUGCAUUUUUUUUUUUCUGAAAACUACUUUCAGUAUGAUGAGCAUAUCCGAUGCAACUUGACUUUACUGACUUCUUAGAUAGAUAUGAUGUCAUACUUCCUGGAUAUCGCCCUGUAAAUUAGAUUGGGAUGGUAUAGGGCUUUUGGUUCUUUGUGAAGGGGCUAAAAGCAUUGUAAUGGGUCUGGAGGGAUGGCGUAAACUGUUAAGGUGUUUGCCCACAAAGCCAAAGAACCUAGGUUCAAUUCCCCAGGAUCCACGUUAGCCAGAUGCACACAUGUGGAGUUUAUCUGCAGUUGCUAGAGGCCCUGGCAUGCCCAUUCUAUCUCCCCCCCUUUCUCUGUCAAAUAAAUUAAUUAAAUUAAAUAGGAAAAUUAAAAAAAAUUGUUAUGGAGUUUAUAUGGCCAAUAUAUGAAAAAGCAACAUGUGAUAUAUUUCAUAGCCUUUGAGGUUUUAGCUAUUGAACAUAGGUGUUUUUAACCAAGAUUUUGACCUACUCACUAGAAAAAUAGUAAAUUAUCAAGGAAUUAUGUACAAAAGACAACUUUGAUCAUUUUAUAUUUUACCAAGAGAUUCUUUUUAUUUCUUAAAUUUAUCAUAUUUAAUUGUGAGAGACAAGGAGGUUGAUACAGAGGGAGAAUGGGUGUGCCAGGACCUUCAAACACUGCAAGCAAACUGCAGAUGCAGGUGCCACCUUGUGUAUUCAGCUUGCAUGGGUGCUGGGGAAAAGAACGUGGGUCUUUUGGGUUUGCAAGCAAGUACUUUAAUCACUAAGCCUGAGACCAAUUAUUUAUACAUCCCAAAGCAAAGUCACUUAUUUAUCAGGGAAAAUUAAAUAAUUUCUAGUACAUCAUUUGAUUUUUGAAAGGAAAAUGAAGCAACUAUCUUAAUAAAAGAAUAAUAAUGAAGAAGGCAGAAAUUUUAGGAAACAUCCCUCAACAUUUGUGCAAGUCUGUUAAAGUCUUUAGUUCUCAAAAAUUGAAAGCGUUAUUCUGUUGGUAUGUUAUGUUAACGCAUUCACUUAUCUUUAAAUCCCUUGACAAGAUUCCUCUUCCUGGUGUAGGUUUGUUUGUGUUCCUUAAUAAGAAAUGAUAUAGAAAUAUUAUUUAACUUCUCUACCUGGAAAAAUAUGUAACAAUGAGUGAAUAUGUUUUUCUGAUGCUGGGAAUGGAACCCAGGACCUUGUGUACCCUACAAAGUGCUCUCCCACAGACCCGCAGCCCCAGCUGCAACCUUUUAAAUAGGAUUCUUGUUUUUAUUUAGACUUAUCCGUUACACACAUCAGAAAUCAUAAACUCAUACUACUUUUUAAAAAAAGAAAGGACAUACAAAAUAAAGAAAAAUUUAAAACUCCAAAAGGGAACAAUUGUUCAGCUCUUAUUUACCCUAGCCCCCAUUUUGAAACUGUAAAAAGAACAUAGUAGGCAGUCACCUCAUACAAUGAAAUCUGAGAAGGUACUAAUUCUUUCUUUCUUCUGAUUUUCUUCAUUGAGAAAGUGUCUCAAAAUUGUUGUCAAUCCUAAUGUUAUUCAGAGUAUUCCUAUUCAGAAUCUCAGUAAGUGGGACUUUCAUUGCCUUUAUUUUUUAAUUUCUUUAAGGAAAUGUUUUUAAAGUGAUUAUAAAGUAGGGGAAAUAUAGCUAGAGGAGGGAGACAGGAAGAUUGAGAUCAAAUUCGAAUAACUGUGAUGGAAAGUCCCAUUUUUCUCAUAUUUCACUGUUGCCUAUUAUCACAAUGUGAUGACUACUCGUAAAGUCAGGAGAUGUUCAAGAACAAAAGAGCCCAUGGAAAGAAAUAUUUUCUGAUUUUUUUGAAAGAGUUAGAUGAACUUUUUUUUCAUUUAGAAAAAGAAAUCUUCUUGAGGGUCUAAAGACUUAUAACAGUUGCUUACAAUUAUGCUACAUCUUUGGUGGUAAAGUGACAAACUGUUUCAUUAUGCUUUUAAAAUUUACCAACUAAGUAAAUACCCUAUAUAAUUCAUUCCACCCUUCAUUCAAAAUCAUCCUGCCUGAAUUCAGACAAGUUAACUGUGAGUUGCCACUCAAAAAACCAGCAGGUCUUUUUAUCUCCAGACAGUACUUACAAUAUCAAACAUACUCUGCUCAUUUCAGUGCAUAAAUAGAUAGCCAUGCACUUCCUGCAAACAUUGGGGCCCCAGCUAUUAAUAAGUAGGUUUCCAAUACUAAUAAACAUAUGUACUUAUAAUACUAGGCUUCCAUUAGCUUCCUGUGCAUGGGGUUGUUUUUAAUUAACCAGAUAUCUGAAGUAUUUUAACAUUUGGUCAAUUGAUUUGCUAUAAUUUCAUGGGUCAAAAUUUUUUGGCUUGGCUUGCUGUAAAUAAUAUUGUACAUCUGCUAUUUUAAUAUACUAUCCAAUUAUACUUUGUGAAUCAUUUCUUUAAAAAAAUCUGGUUAUCACAAACUGAAAUUAUAAUGUCAUCAAAAAUGCCAAAUAAACAUACCAAUAUACAUGUAGGGCAUGGUUAGAUUACAUACAUUUUGAAAUGUCAAGCUAUUUCUUAAUUGUUUUUUUAAUGAAUGCAUAUGUUUAAUAUGUACCAUUAAUUUUAAAAGAGUUCAUUUGGUGUUUCAUAUUAUAUUUUAUUUUUUUUAAUUCAGUAGUAUUGGUUUACAGGAAAAAAUUCUCAUUAAAAUGAUAAAACAUGCCUCAUGUAAAAGUACAUAAGUACUUGAUAAGAUUUUUAACCUCUACUGUGUCUUCUUUGUUCUUCAUGUAGCACCACUUUUUACUUAUUUGCUUAUUCUGUUUGUGAUUAUUCUAAAGUAUGCACAAUGUAUAUAGCAUGUGUCAUGAUGCACUAGUCAUUGUAUUUACAGACUACAGGACAAGGUGAAUUUGUAUAUGAAAACAAAAUGAAUGACAGACACCUGAGGUUCUUCUCAAAGUGGAAAAAAAUAGUUGUGUGUUAUAUUUACAUAAUUCAUGACAAAACUGUCUGUUGAGCAUCAUGCAUUUAUUUACCUUAAAAUUCAAUCUGUCACUUAUAAAAUAUUUAAACCAAUAAACCAUACCCAAAAAGUA